UCUCUCCGGCUGCUCCCGACUCAAAGUGUUCACUUCAUCUCUGUCUGACCGUGCAGAGAGAGAGAGAGAGAGAGCUCAUCAUGCUGAGGAACGGCACGUACAGAAGCAUGUACCAGGGAGAGGAGGCGAGGCUGCGCAGCGGGAGUCUGGCUGUGGCUCGGGAGAGGAAACACCUUGCUCUGUUCAUUAAUAACCAGGAUGACGUGAAAAGAUAUCAUCGCUAUUGCAACCACAGCGGAGGGCAGGCGAAGGUGGAGAGAGGACGUCCUCGCAGGAGCGAGGAAGAGGAUGACAAUAGUCCUCAUCGUCGUGAGCAACAGCAGCACCUGGAGAUCAAGGCUAUUGUGAUCCAGCGGGCCUGGCGUGCUAGCACAUCCCGCAGAGGGAGUUGGCAGGGUCAGGACAAGAACCAUCCCGGCGAUCAUCUGGGUGAGACAGUGCCUUCCGAGAGCCUCCAGGACCCUGUGAUGACCACCAAUAUUUCUCCGGAGCAGCUGAAGAGCCUCCAGAGUGGCUUCAAGCACGUUAAUGAUGGAGGUUUCCAGCUGCAGAGUAAUCAUCUGACAAUGGACCUAGACAACAACAUCAAUAUCAACAUGCCGCCCAUUGAGACCAAGGUGUUGAUUAUCCAGAGGGCCUGGCGUGACUUCCUCCAGAGACAGGAAGUGGAGAAGAGGAGCCCUUCCCCACCCUCCCUCUCCUCCUCUGAUAAGAUGAGCAUGUCAAUCAGCAUGACGACCCUGUCGGACGGUAGCACCCCGGAUUACCGGGAGGAUGGCAUGGACCUGGGGAGUGAUGCGUCCAGUCGCUCCAGCUCAGAGUCCAAUUCCAACAAGGUUACACCUUGCUCCCCGUCUCUUGACCUGGCCACUUUGGAGGACUACAAAUCCUCCCCCUCUCUGGACCUGGUCACCUUAGAGGACUAUGAGGAGGACGAGGACUACCAAGAGUAUAAGAAAAAGGUGAUAGAGGAGUGGGAGAGCGAGUAUGGGGAGGACUACACCUCUCCACAGCCUCCUGGUCACGAGGAAGGCGGAGGAGGCGUGGUGGGGGUAGACAGCCUUGGCGAAGGCUACAGGAAGACAGUGAAUAGUCGCAGCCUUGCUGAAGAAUUCCAGGAAGUGAAGACCGUCCCGCCACUCCCGGCCCCGAGCGGACGUACUGCCACCUCAGUUGCAGCCGUCCCAGAGGAACUGAAACAGAACGGCAAUCUGAUUUUACCCAGGAGCCACCAGCUCCACUCUCCUGGUACACCACAGGGGGGCACAGGGACUCCCAAGCCCAGCCACCGAAGCUCCAGUAAAGGCAGGGGGAGCCGCAGCACUGGUGGAGGUGGUGGUGGUGGUGGUGGUGGAGGAGGAGGAGAAGGUAGUGGAGGGACUGGGGGAUGGAUGGGGGGAUACAGAGAGCAGGAGAGUGUUGAGGAGGAGCCUCUCCCAACCAUGGACUGGGCAGCCCUGGAGAGACACCUUGCUGGGCUGCAGUGCAGAGAGCAGGAGAACCAGAACCUCAACCAUAUCCAGAACCACAACAUGGGCAAGACCAACUACACCUCUGCCCAAAAGAAUGAGAGAGAGUCCAUUAGGCAGAAGUUGGCCCUGGGCAGUUUCUUUGAUGAUGGGCCCGGCAUCUACACCAGCUGCAGCAAGAGCGGCAAACCCAGCCUCUCCUCACGGCUGCAGAGCGGGAUGAACCUACAGAUCUGUUUUGUCAAUGACAGCGGCAGCGACAAGGACAGUGAUGCAGAUGACAGCAAGACUGAGACCAGUCUGGAUACGCCUCUGUCCCCUAUGUCCAAGCAGAGUUCAUCCUACUCAGACAGGGACACCACCGAGGAUGACUCUGAGUCUCUGGAGGACAUGGACUUCCUGAGUCGACAGAAGAAGCUGCAGGCGGAGGCGAAGCUGGCCCUGGCUAUGGCCAAACCCAUGGCCAAGAUGCAGGUGGAGGUGGAGAAACAGAAUCGCAAGAAGUCACCAGUGGCUGACCUGCUUCCACACAUGCCUCACAUCAGCGAGUGUCUAAUGAAAAGAAGCCUGAAGCCCACCGACCUGAGAGAUAUGACACUGGGACAGCUCCAAGUUAUAGUUAAUGACUUGCACUCCCAGAUUGAAAGUCUGAAUGAGGAGCUUGUACAGUUGCUGCUGAUUCGGGAUGAACUACACAUGGAGCAAGAUGCCAUGCUGGUUGACAUAGAGGACCUCACCAGGCAUGCUGAGAGCCAGCAAAAACAUUUGGCUGAGAGGACCCUAUCCAAAUAAGAUGCCCGUCCGUGCUCCACCCUUCUACCCUCUGCCCAGCUAAGCUCCCGCUCCAAACAAGACUUUUCCCCUCUGGCCAUUCCACCUCUGCCCUGUGUCGAUCCAAAUCCUGCCCGCUUGUCCCAAGUAUUUCGCCCCUCGCUGCUUCCCAACUCCCCCCCCUGUCUUCCCAUGUCUACUUUCUUGUCCAACCCACUGACUCCAGUGGUAGCAGCAGCACAGAAGAAGACCCCCCUCCCUCCACCCCACCCUCCCCAGCCCUCUUUCAUUUGCUUCUGUGGUUUUCUCCCAGCGCUAAGCAUGGAAGAGCACUUCCUGCUACCUGGGAGAAGAGGAAACUGAUUGUGUGUUGUCAUGGAUUCUGUCCCCAGCUUCCUGUGCAGUGAUCGGCCUUGCUUUGCGAUUGUUUCUUUUUAACUUUCUACAUUCGCCACUAAAUUAUAACUGUCAAAUGCAAAAAUUGUGGGAAAAAAAAA